UUUUUAGCUUUAUAACGUUUUGAGGACGUUUUUAAUCACGUUUUUAAUCAUGUCUCAUAUUAAUUACAACCGGAAGAUCAGAAGUAGAUUGUAUUACUCAGUAGUUGAUAUAUUAAGAGAUAAAAGUCAUUUUAUGACAGUUGAAUAUGUCUAAUAACUUACUAUACAAGCAAAAUUUUUAAUUAUUAUCUACAUUUUUUUACCAUUAUGAUUUGGAUUUAUAUAUUUACUGUGUUAAGUGUGUGCUCAGACUCGAUAAUAGCAGACGGAAAUUGCCCGGAUGUGGAAAAUAAGGACGAUGUCACAUUCACAUUUAAUUCGAAAUGUUACGAAUACGUUGAGAGUAUCGACACAGAGGUAUCGUUUACAACUGCUGAGGAAGACUGCCGGCUGAAAGAAGGCCGUCUGGUUACGAUACAAGACAAUACUACACAAGUGGAACUGGUCGAACAACUUGAAUACAUUUCGGACAGCCAUACAGUAAUAAUAGGUUUACGUAUGAAAGGCAGUGAAUGGAGAUGGACAACAGGUGACAGUUUGAGUUACAGUAAUUGGGACAGUGACACGAGCUGCAAUGGUACAUGCGCAUGCGCAGUGUUCAACUUGUCAUCAGGGGGCACGUGGGAGAGAUAUAACUGUGAUGCACCAAGCUGGUUUGCUGUCCAUGUGUGCGAAUACGGAUCAUCUAGCAGCAGUUUUUCCCAAAGUUACCAGCUGUUAGCAACUUUGUUUUUCAUUGUUAUGAAAAUGACUAGCGAAAGAUAACCGCUGAUACAAUAGCCACUAAGCUUGUAAAUCAUUGGACUGAUUUUGCCGCAAGUGUGACUUACGAAUCAGUAAAAAUGAUCUUACAAAAUCAAUUAUUAUUUCAUCAAGCGCAAGCUGAUGUUGACUUUUUUCAUUGUUUUGUUACUUUUAAAUGAAUAAAUUAUUCUUAUUUAAACUAUA